AUGAAGCUGAUCGAGAGCAGCGACAUCGUCAAGUUCCCCGAAGGAGUUACCUUCACCGUAAACAACCGAUUGGUCCAGGUGACUGGUCCUCGCGGAAAGUUGGCCCGUUCUUUCCGGCACUUGGGAGUCGAGAUCCUCAAGGAGGGCAAGAGCGUUCUCCGUGUGCGCAAAUGGUUCGGUAUUCGCAAGGAAUUGGCCGCCAUCCGCUCCGUCUGCUCUCACAUUGACAACAUGAUCAAGGGGGUCACCAAGGGAUAUAUCUACAAGAUGCGUUCCGUAUACGCUCACUUCCCCAUCAACAUUUCUCUUCAGGAAAACAACACCGUUGUUGAUGUAAGUAUUUUUUGUCGAGUGUAUUUUGUUUUUAGGCGAACUUGAGCGGGUUUUGGGGGUGCAUAGGAAAAAACGUUGAUCAAUUUUUGACAACGUCGGUCUCUUCUUCGUUUUUAAUCUUUUACAAUCUUUUUCGGUUAUGUCACUGCGAUUGUAAUUUUUUGGGAUGCUGUAUAAAAUAUUAUUUUUAUCUUUAGAUCCGUAACUUCUUGGGUGAGAAGCUGAUCCGACGCGUUACCCUCCCCAAAGGUGUUGCUGCCAGCAUGUCUACUAAACAAAAGGACGAGUUGAUCAUUGAAGGAAACGACCUCCAACUGGUCUCACAGGCCGGUAAGCAAAUUUUUUACAUGGUUUUUUACAUUUGUUAUAAGCAAUGUCCAAAAUUUAUGAGUGUUUUUACCUCAAUCUUUUCAGCCGCCAGCAUCCAACAGUCAACCAACGUCAGAAACAAAGAUAUCCGAAAGUUCUUGGACGGUAUCUACGUUUCGGAGAAGACCACUGUUGUCCAAGAAUAA